UGCCCUUUGUACCACAUAACCUAACUCAUUCUCUCCAUGAACUUCCCCUGCUGCGCCGCUCUCUCUCUCACUCGUAGACCACUAAUCUAGGUCUUCACGAUUUGGGUGAUUUCAUCUUCUUGUGUUGGCGCAAGCUUUUGAUUUCGAGACUGGCGAAGAAAAAUGAGUCUACCAAGUGAACAAAUAACUGGAGACAAGGCAAACUGGGAUGCCACUUUGACAAAAACUUUUAUCGACGUCUGUGUCAAACGUCAAAAAGCGGGUGAUAGGCCAAACACGCAUUUUAGUCGAGAGGGUUGGAAGAAUGUCAUUGCAGAUUUUAAAGCAAAAACUGGUAGGUCCUAUGAUCAAGUUCAAUUGAAAAACAAGUGGGAUAACUUGAAGAAAGAGUGGAGAUUGUGGGAGAAGUUGAUUUUUGGCGAGACAGGGCUUGGAUGGGAUGACCAACGUCACACUGUGUUGGCAGAUAACGAAUGGUGGGAGAGGAAAAUCAAGGAGGAUCGAAAGUGUGCUAAAUUUCGCAACCAGGGUAUUGAGAAUAGAGAAGAAUUGCAGUUCCUAUUUGGAGGGCAAGCUGCCACUGGACAGCAUGCAUUCAUGCCUUCUGCCACAAUUUUCCCUCAAGCUAUUAAUGAUGAGACAGCUCCCACAGAAGAAGAUGAGCAUCAUAGGGGGGUUGAAGAGCAGCUACUGUCCGGAGAUGAUGAUUCAACCGAUCCAGAGUAUGACGCAAAUGCGGACAUUACUGCUGAUGUCCAUAGCUCUCCCACUCCACCACCUCGUGCUAGUAGGAGGUCUACUACCCCUGGUACUCGUGUUAGACGCAAGAGGAAGGCUAGUGAUGUCCGAGAUGAGAUAAACAACUCUCUAGGACAGUUGGUCACUGCAGUACAGAGUAGAAGUUCAACUGUUGGAUCUGUAUACAAUUCUGGGAAUAUAGAUGAAGUUAUGCUCAUGUUGGAAGAAUUUCCUCAAACUGCAGCUGGUGGACCUCUAUUAAGGUUUGCUCUGACGUUAUUCGAGAAGAGAGAAAAUCGAGAGUGGUUUCUGGGGAUAGGGAGGAAGAAUUGGCAGAUGGAGUAGUUACAAGCCAAGUAUGAUGAGGCAAUUGGUGGGGGAUCUUCAGGAUCUCAUUAGUGCUUGGUUCAAUUGAUUAUGUUUAGCAUAUGUUUCGAUUUCGACUAUUUUAAACUUCUUAUGGUUAUGUUGUUUUUAUUUGUUUAAAUUCUCGGAUUUAUGGAUGAUAUUCUGCAUCUGCUUGAUUUUAAUUAUGGAAUAUGUAUGGAUAAUUUGAAUCUGCAAUUUCAA